CGUCCCGGUGGCACAGGGCAGCGCCGGGGGCCUCCGCGCCGCCGCAGCCCGCCCGGCCCUCGGCACGGCCCCGCCACCGCCAUGAGUGGGCCGUACCCGGAGGAGAGCUGCCCCGAGCGCCCCGAGUGCAAAAGUAAAUCGCCAACUUUGCUGUCCUCUUACUGCAUCGACAGCAUCCUUGGCCGGCGGAGCCCCUGCAAGGUGCGGCUGCUCGGCGCCGCUCCCAGCCUGCCUGCCAUCGCAGCCCGGCCCGAAACCGAUAAAGCCGCGCAAGGGUCCCCCAAGGGCAGUCCCCCCUUCGAGCCGGCUGAGCUGCACCUUCCCCCCAAACUGCGUCGGCUCUACGGGCCGGGCGGGGGCCGGCUGCUGCCGCCUCGGGCGGCGGGGCCGCGAGGGGACCGGCCGGAGGGGCGGCCGGAGGGAGGCGCCGGCCCCGUGCCCGCCGCCGCCCCGUGGGACACACUGAAGAUCAGCCAGGCCCCCCAGGUCAGCAUCAGCCGCAGCAAAAGCUACCGAGAAAACGCUCCCUUCGUGUCUCCGCCGCCUGCCCGGGACGAGCUGGGCAGCCCAGCCACGCACGUCGAGGAACGGCCGGGCCCCGCCGCCCCGGCCGCCGAGGAGGAAGAAGAGGAGGAAGAGGACGAAGAGAUGCUAGAGGAGGAGGAUGAGGAAGAAGAAGAGCUGGAGGACGACGAGGAGGAGGAGCUGCUGGGAGAAGACGGCGGGGGGCUCCUGAAGGAGGCCCGCCGGGGCACCGCCGCUGCCCCCGGAGCGGAGGGCGGGGAUCUGUCCCCCAAGGAGGAGCUGCUACUGCACCCCGAAGACGGCGAGGGCAAAGACGGCGAGGAGAGCGUCUGCCUCUCGGCUGGCAGCGACUCCGAGGAGGGGCUGCUCAAGAGAAAGCAGCGUCGCUACCGUACCACCUUCACCAGCUACCAGCUGGAGGAGCUGGAGAGGGCCUUCCAGAAAACCCACUACCCCGACGUCUUCACCAGGGAAGAGCUGGCCAUGAGGCUCGAUCUGACCGAAGCCCGAGUGCAGGUAUGGUUCCAGAACCGUAGGGCUAAGUGGCGGAAGAGGGAAAAGGCUGGGGCUCAGACACACCCCCCAGGUUUGCCUUUCCCUGGUCCCCUGUCAGCAACUCACCCCCUCAGUCCAUACCUUGAUGCUAGUCCUUUCCCUCCUCAUCACCCAGCUCUAGACUCCGCCUGGACCGCCGCAGCCGCCGCGGCCGCCGCCUUCCCCAGCCUGCCGCCACCGCCCCCCGGCUCCGCGGCGCUGCCCCCCGGCGGGACUCCGCUCGGCCUCGGCACCUUCCUGGGCGCGGCCGUGUUCCGCCACCCGGCCUUCAUCAGCCCCGCUUUCGGCAGGCUCUUUUCCACCAUGGCCCCCUUGGGCAGCGCCUCCAGCGCUGCCACCCUCCUGCGGCAGCCAGCGCCUACCCCCGAGGGCGCGGUGGGCUCGGCGGGGCUGGGGGACCCGGCUAGCGCUGCCGCCGACCGGCGGGCCUCCAGCAUUGCCGCCCUGCGGCUGAAGGCCAAGGAACACGCCGCCCAGCUCACCCAGCUCAACAUCCUCCCCGGGAACAGCACCGGGAAAGAGGUGUGCUAA